GAGUCGAGAGUUGCAGAUGUUUACACAAUUUCACAACACAAAGUGAAGUAACAACAAUAAUGUCAAAUUCAGAAACCAGCAGUUUCUUAGGCUCAAGAUGGUCUCUUAAGGGAAUGACAGCUCUCGUCACUGGCGGCACUCGUGGAAUUGGGCGUGCGGUGGUGGAGGAGCUAGCUGGGUUUGGUGCUGCUGUACACACUUGUUCGAGAAACGAAGCUGAGCUUAAUCAGUGCUUAGAAGAAUGGCGAAGUAAGGGGUUUGUGGUUAGUGGGUCAGUUUGUGAUGCCGCUGUUUCUGCUCAGAGAGUGAAGCUGAUGGCGGAAGUUGGCUCUGUUUUUAAUGGCAUACUUAACAUACUUGUCAACAAUGUUGGGACAAAUAUCAGGAAGCCAACUAUGGAGUACUCUGCUGAAGAAUAUUCAAAACUUAUGACUGUCAACUUUGAAUCUACAUACCAUUUGUGCCAACUUGCAUAUCCUUGUCUAAAAGCAUCUGAAACAGGAAGUAUUGUGUUCAUUUCAUCCGUUGCAGGUGUUUUGAAUAUCGGUAGUGGAUCCAUUUAUGGAGCAACCAAAGGUGCAAUGAAUCAACUUACCAAAAAUCUGGCUUGUGAGUGGGCAAAGGACAAAAUCAGGACAAACUGUGUUGCUCCCUGGUACACCAAAACCUCGUUGGUAGAACAUUUGCUUGAAAAAAAAGAAUUCUUGGAAAAGAUAGUCUCUCGAACUCCGCUUGAACGUGUUGGAGAACCAGAGGAAGUUGCAUCUCUGGUGGCAUUUCUUUGUCUGCCUGCUGCUUCUUAUAUCACUGGACAGGUUAUUUCUGUUGAUGGUGGAUUCACUGUAAAUGGUUUCAACCCUGACAUGAGACUAGAUUGAAAAAAUUGAGCCAUCUCCCCCUCCAUUUGUGCAGAACAUCCAGAACUGUUCAACAAAAUUAACAUGUUCCUUUAGUUAUUUAUGUUGAUGAUGCCCAAUAAGGUUAAAAUGUGAUAUUUGAAACUUCUUGUCUCAUUGUUUUUACGCAUAUUGUUUUUGGUUGCAGUA